AUGUCAAUCGCUCGAGCAUUAAACCUUCGAGCUACAACCUCAGCUUUGAAGUCGUCUUUAUCAAAAUCAUCAAUCUCAAUCCCAAAGAGGACUUUAGCUACUCCAGUCAACACCAAUUUAUACACACCAGUCUUACCAGCUAAAAUACCAGCUGCUUUGCACCUUAAAUCAGGUCAAAGUUAUCAUGGUCAAAGUUUCGGUAGUGAAAACUCUAAAUUCGGUGAAACCGUUUUCAGUACAAGUAUUACCUCAUACACCGACUCAAUGACCGAUCCAUCAUACCUUGGCCAAAUCCUCGUGUUCACCUCACCCAUGAUCGGUAAUUACGGUGUACCAUCCAAUGCUUCCGCACCUGGUUUCCCCGGAAUCCCAUUCCUCGAAUCAAGCGGAAUUCAAUGCACCGGUGUAGUCGUUUCUGACGUCGCUUUGAAGUAUUCUCAUUAUCAAGCCGUUGAAUCACUUCAUGAAUGGUGUCAACGAUAUGACGUUCCAGGUAUCACCGGUGUCGAUACACGAGCUAUCACUUCACUUUUACGAGAUCAAGGUACCACUUUAGGUAAAUUAGCUGUAGGAGAUGAAGCUUCCACUGCACCUUCUUCAAGUGAAUAUUGGGACCCAUCACAAGAAAACCUAGUUGCUAAAGCAUCAACAAAACAACCCUACACCUUGAAUCCAGAAGGUAAAGGACCAAAGAUUGCUUUACUUGAUUUCGGAACAAAAGCAAAUAUCAUGAGAUCAUUGGUUUCAAGAGGUGCAGUAGUCACCGUCCUUCCAUGGGAUUACGAUUUCAAUUCUGUUCGAGAUCAAUUCGAUGGUUUGUUCCUCUCAAACGGUCCCGGUGAUCCAAAACAAAUCAUGGAGACUGCAAUGAGGAUCAGAACUACAAUCGAUGAAUGGGAUCGACCCAUUUUCGGAAUUUGUAUGGGACAUCAAGUUUUAGGUUUAGCAGCUGGUUUAGAAGCGUACAGAAUGACUUUUGGUAAUAGAGGUCAUAAUCAACCUGUUUUGGCUUUAGCUAGUUCAGGUAGUAUCUCAGCUGGAAGAGUCUACGUCACUUCGCAAAACCACCAAUAUGCACUCAAACUUACCGAGGAGUUCCCAGAAGGCUGGGCACCAUUCUUCAUCAAUUGUAACGACUCUUCAGUAGAAGGAAUUAUCUCAACUCCAGAAAGUGGAAAGAGAGUUUGGGGUGUCCAAUUCCAUCCUGAAUCCGCUGGUGGUCCUUUAGAUACCAUUGAGAUGUUCACUGAUUUCGUAAACGAAUGUCAAUAUGGUAGAGCUGGAGGAUCCAAUAUGAUUGCUGGCGAAGUCAAGAUUGGAGGUUCAGACGCUAAAGCUGCUGCUCAAAUCAGCGCUUCUGCUUAA